AGUAUUGUACAUAUCCUUUUAUUUUGUUAGACAUUUGGACUGUUUAUUUACUUAAAACGCCAAUAUUAUACAUUUAGUUUCCACAUAUUGAUAGUGUUUUAGUAGUAUAUUAAAGGUAGUUGUUAUCGACUAAAAAGUGUUAGGAGAAGAUUUGUAAGUGUUUUCCUUACUCGCCCAAAAUGGUGUUACUAAUGCCAAGACUGAGUAAAUGUUGUUGUUGUAUUCCUUUGAGAAUUGCUUCUUUGAUCAUCGGAUAUUUCUCUUUAAUUAUAUCAAUAUCCUUAAUCAGCCUAGUGUGCGGGUCUCUUUAUAAAUUGGUGAAGUACGUAGGGGAACACAAAAACGACCCAGAUUCAGGCUUCACGACCGAAGAAAUCCAGUUUGCUGCCAUUCGUCUUUACAUUGCACAUAUAUUGUUCAUCCUUGUUUUCGUCUUCUCCUGUAUUAUUAAUAUGAUGCUCAUCUUUGGAGUUCAUUGGGAAAUACGUCGCCUGGUCGGGUAUUACGUGACCACAUCAAUGGUUCUAUUGGUAUUGCAAUUCAUACUCAUGGUGCUCAUCUUCGUCUUCAUGGGCCUGAUUGCCGCCUUGCCGUUGCUUACCUGGGGCAUCAUCCUGUUCUUCUUCAUAAUCGUGGUGCGCAGCGUGUACCUAGACAUGGAGGACCGAGAGAAACCAUUGGUCUGCAUGAUAUAUGAUACGUCAACUCUUCGCUGUGGGCAGAUGCAGCAACCCCUAAUGUCAUCAUCAUCGUCAUCCCGUCCAUACCCCUCAUAUAUGAAAUUUGAUUAUCACAGCGUCCAGUGACGCUAAGAAAAAUAAACUUUUGUUUUAUAAAUUAGCAUUUUUGAUGAUGUCACAAAACGU